AGAACAAAUGAAUAAGUAGUAAUGAAUUAAUUUGUCUUUUCAGAAAAAAAAAUGUUUGAAAGUUCAAACUGUGAACAAAAAUAAAUUAGUUCUAGAAAACAUUGAACAAAAAUAAAAUAAAUUUGUAUCUGCUUAGGACAAAACGGUAAGAACGGUUCUGUGAGUUUUCUUGAAUCUCUUUUUUUUUUCCUUUCCAGAUUAGCUCAAGUAUAAGGUCAAUGGCGGCUGUUGGAAUAGUCUGUGGACUACUGUCGAAAUACUGGAGUUCCGAUAAAGAUGGAACCAACAAACAAAACCAGAAUGCUUACACAACUGCUUGUGAAGAAGAUCCAAAGCUCAAAUCAUAUGGUUCUUUGUUUGAGCAACGAUUCAACAAAUUGAAGAGCGAGCUCGCUGCAGGAGGCAAAACUGAAAAUUAUUCCCUAAACUCAGUCAAGUCGCUGUGCGGGUUUCUAGUUGAAAUGAACGAAGAUAUGGCCGAGGAAAUUACCGCCAGCAAAGAUGUAUUGGAGAACGAAGAACUAAGGUCUUUGGUUGACCUCUAUUAUGAGAGUUCCACGAAAACUUUAGAUCUAUUUAAUACCGUGGAGAAGUGCACCAAGAAAGCAAAAUUAAGCUUUUUGAUCGUUAAAGUUGCGAUCAAAAAGUUUGAAAAAGAGUCGAUGGACGACACGGAUUUUGAAGGAAACCUGAAGAAGAAGAAGAAGUACGCCGAAACGUUAGUGGAGCUGAACAAGGUUAAAGCUAUGGGCGAUCCUUUUGGUGACGAGUAUAAGAAUCAGUUGGAAUCUGUACGCUCGGAGCACCUUGUGCUUUUAAAGAAGAUCCAUGAGCUGCUGGUGAAGAUUGAUAAAAAAAAGGCGAAAUUAAAGAGAAGGAGGAGACUGGUGGCUAUUCUUUACGCUUCUGCGGCUUUGACUUUUAUGGCCGUAGAGACUUACGUAUGCAUAGCAUUCGUACCUCCGUUGGCGUUCAAUACUGCCAAUAAACAAUGAAACCCGUCUCAGAAACCAAAUGGAAUGCCAUCAGUCCACAAAGAACAUUAUUAUAACUUGGGACUGCCAUUGAUGCAUGUGAUGUUAAGUCAAAACAAACUUCAAGUAGAAAUUGUCUCUGCAGAAAUAGGGUCUCCCUGAAAUCAAGCUCAUCAAAAUGCUCUUUUUUCGAAUCGUUAACAACUUCCCAAAUCUAAAUGUCAGAAGGCUGCUAGGCACUACAUCAUACGCAACUCCCUUGUCUACAUCCAAGCGGUUGUACGAGAGGACCCUAUAGAGAUAAAGACAUAACUUGUAGAUAAAGAUAACUAUUUGUAUUGUAUUUAUCUUCUGUAGUUAUCCCCUAA